ACGUCAUUCACCUGACUCCCCCCCUUUAACUCCGUUCAACUCGGAGGCUUUCAAUCCCGAACCCAGCACUGGACCGUUUGGCGAGGAGGGAAGCGGUGCUGUAGCUUUCACCUUUAGAACCUGCUGACUGUUGGCGAGGCCUUCAAAGGUCAGGGUGAUGCUCCCGGAGGUUUCGCUGUGACCACUCUUUGUGCGAAAAGAUGACAUCUCUGUCGCCCACACACAGCGACAGCAGCGGCUCCUCUAAACAUGAAACCAACCAGGAUAGCUGGGAGAUUGUGGAGGGGCUCAGGGGUGUUCCUUCCAGCAUCCAGGAGCCUGACCCACAGGAAGGCUUCCUCUUCAAGAGGAGGAAGUGGCCCAUGAAGGGAUGGCAUAAGAGAUACUUCAUCUUGGAGAAAGGGAUCCUGAAGUAUGCGAAGAGAGCAGCUGAUCUACAGAAGGGAAAGGUCCACGGGCGGAUAGAUGUGGGCCUCUCGGUUAUGUCCAUCAAGAAGAAGGCUAUGUGUAUUGACCUGGACACAGAGGACAACAUCUAUCACCUAAAGGUGAAAGCUCCAGAGCUGUUUGAGGAGUGGGUGUCAAAGCUGCGUCAUCACCGUAUGUUUAGGCAGAACGAAAUCACUUUAUAUCCUCAUGAGACCUACCACUUCCACCCCCAUACCUCAAGCUCACCUUCGCUUAAUGACUCAUUUAGAAAAAGAGCGACUCUCCCUAAGCAGGCGUCUAUCCACCAGGCUAAGGUCAGCUCCUGGCUUCACUCCUCAGAGGAGAUGGAUAAAUGCUCCAAAGAGCUGGAAGAAUGCGAAUCUUAUCUGCUGGAGCUCAACCAGCUGCUGAAGAGCAUGGAGGUCAUCCACCGAACAUACUCGGCUCCAGCCAUCACCGCACUACAAUCAUCUACUUAUGACAUCCCGAAAAAGGAGAGGAGGCCCCGUAGAUGGCGAUCUAAAAACAACGGCAAAGACGCCAAAGAUGCCAAAGCCACAUUACAAGUCCCAGGCUGCACCUCCACCCAGUCCGCUCGCCUUCAUGCCUCCAAUCCCAACCUCCCCACCACAGUGUCGGCCACACAGGAAGCUUGUCCUCCUUCCCCGGACUCGCCAACAGAAGUGUCACGUCUGCAGCAGGAUUUCUACCGACUGGCCAACAACAUUCAUGUUUCACUAAAAUCAGCAUAUAGCUCCAUGGUGGCAGAGAGGGAAAGGCUGAAGCAAACCAUCGACCGGCAAGCCCCUCUGCCGCCUGAGGUCUUCGGCCUCAAGAGCCUCUAUACAUCACAGGAGGGUACGGGAUCCCCACACUCCUUGGUCCACCAAGCCUCCAGCGAGAGCAGAUUAUCUAUCCCAGAGUCCAUUUCGGAGUUCUUUGACGCACAAGAGUACCUUUUGUCUUCGUCUUCUUCUGAGAAUGAGGUGUCAGAUGACGACUCCUAUAUCAGUGAUGUUAGUGACACCGUCUCCAUGGAUACCUUCGAUGGAGGCAGCGGCAGGCACAACUCUGUCAGCAGCGUAGUGACCCUGGCUCGCCGUCGCUCCACGCUGCCAAGCCGCUGCCCAGCCAGCAGCGUGAGCCUGUGGAACAUCCUGAGGAACAACAUCGGCAAAGAUCUGUCCAAGGUGGCCAUGCCUGUGCAGCUCAACGAACCCAUCAACACCCUGCAGAGGCUGUGUGAGGAGCUGGAGUACAGCGACCUUCUGGACACCGCCAACCAGACUGAAGACCCUUACCAGCGCAUGGUAUAUGUUGCAACAUUUGCAAUAUCUGCCUAUGCGUCCUCCUACUACCGAGCAGGAAGCAAGCCCUUUAACCCCGUCCUAGGAGAGACGUACGAGUGUGUCAGACCUGAUAAGGGCUUCAGGUUUAUAGCUGAGCAGGUGAGUCAUCAUCCACCUGUCUCAGCUUGUCACUCUGACUCAAGGAACUUCUGCUUUUGGCAAGACGUGCGAUGGAAAAACAAAUUCUGGGGAAAGUCCAUGGAAAUAGUUCCCAUGGGAACCACACAUGUCACACUACCUGCCUUUGGGGACCACUACGAAUGGAACAAAGUGACCUCCUGCAUCCACAACAUCCUUAGCGGCCAACGUUGGAUUGAACAUUAUGGAGAGAUGUCCAUCAAGAAUACCAACAGUGACGACUGCCAGUGUAAAGUGACCUUCGUUAAGGCAAGAACCUGGAGCUCCUCGGUGAACGAGAUAGAGGGUGUGGUUACAGAUUCAAAUGGAAAAGUGGUGCACACCAUUUUUGGAAAAUGGCACGAAUCAGUGUUUCAAGGAGACCCUCCUUCUGCCACCUGUAUUUGGCGAGCGAAUCAAAUGCCAGAAGAACAAGAGCAGUACUAUGGUUUUACCCAGUUUGCAGUGGAGUUGAAUGAGCUGGAUGACUCCAUAAGACCGCUGCUGCCCCCCACAGACACGCGUUUCAGGCCGGACCAGAGGCUGCUGGAAGAGGGGGACAUAGAUGGAGCUGAAGAACAGAAACAGAGGAUAGAGCAGCUGCAGAGGGAGAGGAGGAGAGUCUUACAAGAGAACAACAUGAACCACCAGCCUCGGUUUUUCAAGAAGUCCAAGGAUGACACGUGGGUGAGCAACAACACGUACUGGGAGCUGCGCAGAGACCCCGGCUUUGGCAAAGUAGACUUCCCUUUGCUGUGGUGACCUGGGACUAUAUGUCACCCCCUCCAGCUUUUCUGAACUGUCAGAAAUCUAAAACUACAUGAAGAUCAUCAACUGGGAGCCUUGACCUGGUUGACAUGAACUGCUCUGUGUCAGCAUAGUAGCACCAUCAUGACACGGACUUCCUGCUUCCUCCUUUAAAUCAACUGUGCACAUAGCCUGUUCUAUAUGUUGUUGUGUUUGUUUCUUUUUGCUCCUAACUGUAAUAUACACAAAGUCAGUGUAGACUAAAGGUGCACAUCAGUGUGUUUUGCUGCUUUUAUCAAUUUAUCUAAGUGCCUUUCACUGCAGUGCUGCACUCAAAGAACUGCUGGAGCGGUUAUGCAAUAGUACCUUUAUUUGGAGACAGCUAUCAGAAUGAUGAGCUGGCAAAGACGGACCUGGAGAUCCUGAAGGAGAUCAUGUCCCACUUCUCUGUUUUUUUUCUGGGGUGUCAAAACUAUGACAAAAUGACUUUCUGGGAGUUUUUUUUUGUUUGUUUUUUUAUCUAAACAAAAAAAGAAGGAAGCGAUUCCUUUUUCAUUAUGCUGCCUUGUUGGAUCAUUCAUGCCUGUAGCAGAACUGUGGAUCCUUUUUUUCUCUUGAGGAAACAGCACAAUUACUCCCUUUUGGAAGUAUGUAAUAAAUUCUGCAAUGGGUGGAGGAGUUA